UCUAAUUCGAGAUGUUCGUUGUUCUUGAGCAAUAUUUCAGAUUUCUUAGAUCUGGCAUUUGAUAAACGAGAUUGUAGAAGAAACAUUAUGUUUUGCUUCACGACUCUGUAUCAUAUAAUGUCAACAUGCCCAAUGUCAUAUUGUACGUCACAUGUCACAACCACAAGUCACUUGCCGAAGUAGUAGAGAGUAGAGGUAACUUUAUUUUUACAAAAUAACAUUUUUGUUGUUAAGUUCCAUUUGAUUCACAAUGAACUGAACGGACAUAAUGCAAAGCUGAUGCAGAUAACAGAAACAGUCUCCUAAACAUGGGUAAUUCAGGUCUGAAACAACAUAUAGAAACUGCUCAAAAGACGGGAGUGCUCAAAGUGUCCCAAGGCAAAUUGAACGAGUUUCCGCCAGGGUUCAAACAACUGGAGUCAUCUCUUCGGACCUUGGACAUAUCUGAUAACAAAUUUGUAACUCUACCAAAUGAAAUUAGCAGGUUCAUGCAACUGAGACAUUUGAAUUUAAGCAAAAAUAGAUUAUCAAAGAUCCCGGAUUGCAUAGGUGCUCUUACAAAGCUAGAAACCCUUAAUGCUAGUUACAACAAUUUGAGCACAUUGCCCAGAACGAUUUCUAAUCUCAUCAAUUUGAAACAGGUGAACUUGACAGAUAAUCAUAUUAAAGAUUUUCCCCUGAUGUUCUGUGGCUUGAAACAUCUUGAUGUAUUAGACUUGACAAAAAAUGAAAUCACCUCAAUACCUCUCGAAGUGUCUGGUUUAAAUGUAACAGAAUUAAACUUGAACCAGAACCAGGUAGCUCAUAUUUCAGGACAAAUAGCGGAUUGCCCAAGACUGAAAACCCUGAGAUUGGAAGAAAACUGUUUGCAGUUGUCUGCGAUACCACCAAGAAUUUUGGCAGAUUCCAAGAUUUCCAAUUUUUCCAUUGAUGGUAACUUAUUCGAAAGUAAACAGCUUGCUAGUAUUGCGGGGUAUGAUUCUUAUAUGGAAAGAUAUACUGCUGUGAAGAAGAAAAUGUUUUAAGUAAAUUUAUGUGUUCUUUUAACAAGUUUUCACAGAUUGCAUUUCAACUGCUGUCAAUUGAUUUAAUUGAGGUUUUGAUUUGCUUGGAAAAUCUUUCGCUCUCCUGAAUAAGAGACGUGGAGGAGACAAAAAGUGGUUAUAUGAUGAUACGUACAUACUGUGAUUAUGCUAACGCAUAAUUAUCUUUUACACUGUUUUCAUUUAGCUAGGAGUUGUGACUAUGUAGAAGAUUGUAAAAGCAAUCACUAUCAGGCUGUGUUGAUUGAGAAACAUUCCAUUUAAACUAAAUGCAACAUUGAGAUAGCACAAUGAGCCUUAUGUCGUGAAAGUCAAUUUCCAGAGAAGUCUCGGGAUCCUCAUAAAUAGCUGUAAAAUUUUGUGUCUACUCUCUUAUGAAUCAAUGAUUACUAUCAUAAACUUAAAAUUUAGUAAUAUUACACUUCCGCUUCUGUGUGAUCUGAAUAUAUUUUCCAGAGUAUGAGUUAAUACAUUAAAAAGGCAUAAUCAUAUACAAGGCAGCUGAAAAAAGAUUCUUGAUUGAACAUUGGGUGUCAAUUACUUUGCACUUGUCAUAUACAAUAAGUGUGGUUGUGUUCACCAUAAUAAUCUUUCAAAUAACAUAUUGCGUCAGUUAAAUUCACAUGCUAAUCUGAUUUUGCCUUCUACUGAAGCUUCUAGUUUUAGAACCCAUCUUAAUUUCAGAUCACUCUGUACAUAUCUUCAUCAUGAGUGUCACUGAAGUUGUGAUGAAACAUAACAAUAUAAUAUUUCACAUCAACUGUACUCAAUAUCUACAACUACUUGUAAAAUUAUCAUCUAUGGUAGGCAUAGUCAUGAAAUAUACGCAUGUCUCCUUUAAAUUAGACAAUCAGUGUUUUAGAAAUAUCAGAUGUCAAAUUAUUUUACUCUCACUGGGUCCAAAUGCUGCUUCUAGAGCCAAGGUAUUCAAGAAAUGAAUUAUAACGGCUCACUCAUUGGUUAGAUUACUAAAUACUUCUGUUUCAAUGAGGGUUUUGAAAGUUUCAAUUUUCACACGACUGAUUUUCGAAUCAAACUUGCUGGCUUUAUGUAGUCGAUCACAAUUAUUAUGAAAAUCUACUAUUUAUUUGUAUAAUGUAUUGAAGCCUUGUUUUUUAUUGAUAGGCCAUUUCAAACGGGACUCUUUGAAAAUCUAUUGUAGAAACUGUUGAUAUUUGAAAUGGAACUUUAUCUCACUCGAAACAAAAGUAUUUGGAAUAUUGAUUUGAGUAAAAUUACAAUCUCUAUAAUUGUGUACUUUCUACUUUGUAACAUAUACAGGUUUUUUCUAUGAAAUGUAUUUUGUCUAUCUAUAUCUUCUAUUUAUAUUUUAUAUGGAUAUGUUGCACAUCCUGCUCUAUAUUUUAUAAAUUAUUAUAAAACUAUUUUCCAUCUGCAGAAAUAAAACAAUUACAAAUGAA